GUUGACCUGGCAAUAACGUUUAAUGCAGACAGAUCGCCUUGUAGCUGCAUGGAUAUCUCCACUGGGGCUUCUACUGUUACCUCGGUCACUAUCAUCAGCUCGCCUUGAAGCCACCUCGAUCUCUGUGUGUGAGAGCAGUUGUCUUCGGUUGUCUAUAUACUGGAAGUGCUGUAGAGGUGAAUGCUGAUACAUUGACACAUGUCUCAAGUACACGUAGUGAACGUUCCGGACGACGGCGGUGACACCCUCACGUCGUUAAACGACAACGGCGUCCUCAUACCCGAAUUCAUCAACGGACCAGGCAUCCAGGGUGUACGUUCUGUGAAAAUACGCGACGAUGACAUCAUGCUCUGCACAUAUCCUAAAUCAGGAACCAAUUGGGUGUUUGAAAUAACACGAGAACUCUUGACAGGGGAGAUUACUCAAGAUGACAUCGGAAUGGACCAGACCUUCUUGGAAUAUGGGCCAGAGGAGAGGUAUGCCGACCUCCAGUCUCCCAGGAUCCUCUGCUCCCAUUUGCUGAUGAAGCAUCUGCCAGAAGAUGUUCUCAAUAAGAAAAUAAAAGUCAUUUCUGUUCUAAGAAACCCAAAGGACGUAGCAGUUUCCUUCUAUAAUUUCUCGACAACAAUUCCAUGUGCAAAAUACAAAGGGCAGUGGAAGAACUAUUUGAAUCCUCUUUUCCAGGGAAAGUUUAUGUAUGGAUCAUGGAUGGACUAUGUUACUGACUGGGAGCAAGUGAAGAAGACCAAUCCUGAUCUGCCUGUGUUGACUCUCUUCUACGAGGACAUUAAGCAGGAUCAGAUGCGAGAGAUGAGGAGGAUAUGCGAGUUCCUGGGUGUGGAGAGAACGGAUGACUUCCUGUCCAGAGUCUGCGACAACACAACCAUCACCUCUAUGAGAGCCAUCAAGGUCACCACAACUGAAUACGGCGUUUUUCGAAAGGGCGGAGUAGGUGACUGGAAGAACUGGUUCACUGUGGCCCAGAACGAGUGGUUUGAUCAGCUCUACCAGGAGAAGAUGGCCGACUGUCACCUUCAGUUCAAAUAUACACUGUGAAUGUUCUGUUCUUUAUUCAAUUCAUUAAGUCAUUAAGACUAUUCAUGUUGCCUUUGUCUUGUCAAUAUAAUUUUUAUAUCCAGACAUUUUAUGAAAAGUCAUUGAGGGUGUCAUAAUCUGCUCUUAAACUUCCAUCUGUCCUAUUUAUAAACAGUCAUCACAAAUCAUCAUUUCUGAAAAGUCCACAACCACCAGGGACAACUAAGGAAACAGUGGGUCUCUUUGUCUGCAUCCCUUGUCAUUAUAGAAUAAAGAACAUGCGUGUCCAUUUUGUAUGGCACAAGAAGCAUUACUUAACAGUAUGUGUAUCCAUGUCUUCACUCAUAUAUAUAUAUUCCAAGAUGUUUGCAGGUAUAAAUUGUUAAACUCUAGUGGAAAGAAAAAACAACGUCUUCUGCAAUUUUUCAUAAAGUGUCCAGUUUCAUUCAUUUGAUCAUGGUUUCGAAACUAUAAAACAAUAUAUUGCAAAAUAUUGGUGUAUUAUUUUUUUUCUAAUGAAUAUCAAGAUGUAAAGCGUAGUUUCUUUUAAAGACUUCUUUGUUCACUCAGAAUUGUUUCUCCUUUGGUUAUUAAUUCUUAACCCUUUGCACUGGAAAUGAAAAUUAGUAUAGCCUUGUCUUUCAGCAGAUUUUCACAUCUUCUAUUUGCUAGGCCCCUGACAUUUGUUUAUACUAUCCUGAUUUUGUCACCCAUAGUCAUUUUUUUCCAAAAUAAACAGAAUCAUAGUUU